CUAUUGGAGAAUUACCUUUAUGGUUAGAACGAACCAAAUAUAACUAGAAGUUAAAGUUUCGUUGAAGUUGAAUUAUUUAAAGUUGAUGCAAAUGAGUGCCAAGAAAGAGACAGAGACAGAUGAGAUCCACCAGAAAGUUUUCGUUUUUUUUAUUGGAGUGAAAGCUAAAUCUAUAUGUUGAUUUUGCAUUAAUCGGCCCAAUAUCGCCAUCGGCUAUCUAUUCCCUCCAAAUCAAGCCAAAUAAAACUGAACCCACCAAUUCUUUCAAUCCCUUUGAUUUUAUCGAUUCUUCAAUCACCUCCAAAUGGGAUUCGUCCCCUUCUGAGUUUGAUUACAUACCCUUUGUUUCUAAUCGAAACUUGUGAAUGGCGAGGGAUAAACCCACCGCCGGCAUCGAAAUCAAGGUUCAUUCCCGUCAUGGGGAACACGAGGUUCAACCGGCGGCUGCCAGAUCACGGCCGUCGGGGACUUCUCCGAUCGAAUUUGGUCAGUACCGGCCAUUUAAGAAGUGGGUUCCAUGGCUGGUGCCGGUUUUUGUGGUUGCUAAUUCCGUUAUGUUUACAAUUUCUAUGUAUGUUAAUGAUUGCCCCAAAAACUCUGCCUCUUGCAUUGGUAGGUUUUUGGGUAGGUUCUCAUUUCAGCCGCUUAAAGAGAAUCCCCUUCUUGGCCCUUCUUCUUCAACAUUAGAAAAGAUGGGUGCUCUGGAAGUUGAUAAAGUGGUUUAUGGGCACCAGGCAUGGAGAUUGAUCUCUUGUUUAUGGCUACAUGCAGGGGUGUUCCAUAUACUUGCUAACAUGUUGAGUCUUGUUUUCAUUGGGAUAAGGCUCGAGCAAGAAUUUGGCUUUGUUCGAAUUGGAAUGCUGUACAUUGUAUCUGGGUUUGGUGGCAGUUUGAUGUCGGCUCUGUUUAUCCAGUCGGGUAUCUCAGUAGGUGCUUCGGGUGCUCUUUUUGGUCUCUUAGGAGGCAUGUUGUCGGAGCUACUUACGAAUUGGACGAUAUAUGCAAAUAAGCUUGCAGCCUUGUUGACUCUCCUCUUCAUCAUCGUAAUCAAUUUGGCUGUUGGAGUGCUUCCACAUGUUGAUAAUUUUGCUCAUAUUGGAGGCUUUAUCUCAGGUUUUCUUCUGGGGUUUGUGUUUUUGGUACGUCCUCAGUUUGGGUGGGUUAGCCAACGCAAUGCACCUCGUGGAAAUAGUUCGACUUCAAAAUCUAAAUAUAAGCCGUACCAAUAUGUGCUGUGGGUUGUAUCUCUGGUGUUACUAAUUGCUGGGUUUGCAGUUGGUUUGGUCUUUCUGUUUAGAGGGGAAAAUAUGAAUGAUCGGUGUUCAUGGUGCCAUUAUUUGAGCUGCAUUCCUACGUCAAAGUGGAGCUGCAACUCGCAGAAAUUCUCUUGCGAGACAAGUCAGUUGGGAAAUCAGCUAAACAUGACGUGCCUAAGCAACGGGAGAAGCGGCUCGUAUUCGUUAACCAACAGUAGCUCCACAGAAGCAGAAAAAAUAUGUUCUCAGCUCUGCAGUUGACUUAGGUAUGAUAUAAACUUUAUACACAAGAGAAAAAAAAUGUGGAGACUUGAUAGAGCUCUUCUUCCUGUAAUUGUUUUAUGAUCAAAUUGUAUAUGACAACAUGUAAUCAUGUCUUCAUACCACAUCAAAUCUUUGCCAAGCUCAUAUUAUUGAAAUAACCCACCACCUUUCAUUCUCAUCUGUGAAA